CACACAUUUUGACAGAACGUACGUGCAUUUUAUAACGGCACCAAAAAAAGCAUCUGGUUGAAAAAAAAGAAACAUCGCGAAAUUAUUGUUAAUUAUCUUUACAGCCAAAAUUUCAUUAAAAUAAUUGUUAAUUUUAUUACUAACUGAGGGAAAAGCUUGAAAAUAAGAUGAGUGAAGAAUUUAAGCUGCCAAAACGUUCACGGAAACGUACACGUGAGGUGAAACGCAAAGCCAGACCAGAAUUGGACAAAGAAGGUUGGACGGCCUUACGCUAUGCCGAACGCUUUGAACCCUUUUGUGAGGUCAAAGACAAUGUUGAACGCAUUAAUGAGCGUGAGGUUAGCAACCAAGAAUUUAUAAAACGUUUCGAGGAGCCCUAUCUGCCGGUGGUGAUUGAAGGCUCUCAACAAGGUUGGCAAGCGCUGGAAAAGUGGACACUUCCACGUUUGGUCAAAAAGUAUCGCAAUCAAAAGUUCAAAUGCGGCGAAGACAAUGAAGGUUAUAGUGUUAAAAUGAAAAUGAAGUAUUACAUAGAGUACAUGAAGACGACAAAGGAUGACAGUCCCUUAUACAUAUUUGACAGUAGUUUUGGCGAGCAUCACCGUCGCCGCAAAUUGCUGGAGGACUACGUGGUGCCACAAUAUUUUCGAGACGAUCUGUUCAAAUAUUGCGGUGAAGAUCGCCGCCCACCGUAUCGUUGGUUUGUCAUGGGUCCAGCCAGAUCGGGUACUGGAAUACAUAUUGAUCCUUUGGGCACCAGUGCUUGGAAUGCUUUAAUCAGCGGCCAUAAACGUUGGUGUCUAUUUCCUACGCAAACUCCAAAAGAUUUGCUAAAGGUGCCCUCAAAUUUGGGAGGCAAACAAAGAGACGAAGCUAUAACCUGGUUUAGUACCGUCUAUCCUCGUACAAAGCAAUUGGAUUGGCCAAAGGAAUAUGCCCCCCUGGAGAUUCUACAAAAGCCGGGAGAAACUGUUUUUGUGCCCGGUGGCUGGUGGCAUGUUGUAUUGAAUCUGGAUGAUACUGUAGCGAUUACGCAAAACUUUUGCAGUCGCACCAAUUUCCCCAUUGUGUGGCACAAAACAGUACGUGGUCGUCCAAAGUUGUCGCGUAAAUGGUUGCGUGUAUUACGGGAAAAAGAACCGGAUUUAGCAAAAGUAGCUGAGAAUAUUAAUAUUGAUCAAAGUACGGGCUUUGCCUCCGACAGUUCCAGCAAUUCCAGUUCAUCUUCGUCGAGCUCUUCAUCUUCGGGAAGCGACACUGAUGCCGAAGGCAAUAAGAGCGACGACGAUUCCUGUUCCUCUAAUACUGAUAGUGGUCAGGAGAGUUUAACUGCCAAAAAGAAAAAGAAGAGACGUAUGGGCGGCAACAUGUCCUCAAACUCAUGAUGUCCGCCACAUUGGUGGCGAUGUAGUAGAGGCAAUCAAUCUGACGAUCAUUCGAAUUCUUCAAAUCAAGAUAAUCAACCCAUAGAGGAGCUGAAGCCAGAAAAGAGUCACAACUCUCUGGUUAAAUAUCUCAAUUGGCGUCUACUACAUUUAGGUCUUAUAGAAAAUAGUUAACAUUUUAUUAUUACCACUAUACUAUAACAUAAAUCAAUUAGCAGUUGUUAACCAUAAUUACACGAUUAAUAAUAUCAUUUACUUGUUCCAUCAACACCCUUCCAUCAGCUAAGGGUUGCUAUUUACAUAUAUAUCAUCUGCUAAAUUAGAUUGUAUUUUAGAUUUUAGAAAACCUUUUGAAUUUAUCAUUUCUAUUUUAUUUGUAAUUUUUUUUAGUUGACCUUUUCUUAAAUUUCUUUUAAUUUGAUUUUCUUUUAUUGUUUGUGUUUUUUUACCUUGAAGUAUUUUUAUAACUGAACUUUCUUUACUUUAUGAAUCAUUUACAUUUCAAAUCGCCCACCCAUGCACAUGAUAAUCUCAUUUAUUUAAUAUGUGCUAUAAUUUGCCGUCUUACACUGGAUAUCACUUUUUUUGUUGUCUUUUAAUUCUUGUAAUAAUUUUCAACAUUAAAUAAGAAAAUAAUGUUUCUGGAGCAUAUUGAUUUGAUUAUCUUUAAUUAACUAAAUUUAUGACUAAUAAUAACAACAAUAAAACCAAUUUAUUUAAUUUAAA